GUAUUAUAUUCAACACUAGAGACUGGAAUACUGGAAUCAAUUCUCUUCAGCAUUUUCCUUUUCAAUCCAACAGUUUUACAGAACCAGACCCAGAUCCGGUCCUGGACCCGGACUAGACCCGAAUUUUUCUCUACACCCAGAAGAUGAAGAAUGUUUAAAGGGUCGGUACAAAGAUAAGCGUAUCCACCCAGAAAAUGCGAAUGUUUAAAAGGAACUUUUCUCUUUGUUUUUCUCAUCUUAUUCUUCUUCCUGAACCUCGAUUUUCUUCUUCUCUUCCUAAUUCGUCUUUUCGAUUCUCCUUUUCUUCUGGAAUUUCUCCAUUUCGUCUCUCCUCUUUUACUCAUAUUCCCUUCAAUAGGAUUCAUUUUGCUUCAGGUUCUGGUAAGCUACACAAUUCUUCAAUGGAUAGGAAUGAGACUGCUGGAAAGUGCAAAAAUGCACAAACUCAAUGUGAUGUUGGUCAGGAUCCAUGUAUCUGGUCUUCCUCUUCAAGUGUAGACAACUAUCCUAUUGGGAAACAAAUAUUUUGCAACAGAUCCUUGAACAUGAAAAAUAUUGUUGCUGUUGGGUUUGACAUGGACUAUACAUUAGCACAGUACAAGGCGGAGACAUUUGAGUCACUUGCAUAUGAAGGGACCAUUAAGAAGCUCGUCUUUGAUUUAGGAUAUCCUCCUGAGUUAUUGGAUUGGUCUUUUGAUUCAAAGUACAUGGUUAGAGGGUUGGUUCUUGAUAAAAAGCGAGGCAAUAUUUUGAAGAUGGAUCGACAUAAGUAUGUGAAAGUAGCAUAUCAUGGUUUUCGAGAGAUGUCUAAAGAAGAAAAAGUUGACACUUACGGGAACACUUUGACCAGAGAUUCUUUUGAUGAGCCUGACUAUGCCCUCAUCGAUACACUUUUUUCCUUGGCAGAGGCCUACUUAUUUGCACAACUUGUUGAUUUCCAGGACAACAAUCCUGGAAAGGUCCCUGCUGGAGCAGACUAUGCUCGUAUGUACAAGGAUGUCAGAUCUGCAGUUGAUUUGUGUCAUCGCGAUGGGACUUUGAAACAGAUGGUUGCCAAAGAUCCUCAAAGGUACAUCAAUGAUGAUGCUUCAAUAGUACCUAUGCUUGAAAUGCUUAGAGAUUCAGGUCGUUCAACCUUUUUGGUGACAAACAGUUUAUGGGACUAUACCAAUGUUGUGAUGAAUUUUCUAUGUCAAAAAAGAACUGAAAAUAGCAGUCCAGCUCUCAAUUUUGAUUGGUUAAAGUAUUUUGAUGUCAUCAUUACUGGCAGUGCGAAACCUGGAUUUUUCCAUGAAGGCAAUCGCGCUAACCUUUUUGAGGUUGUUCCUGAUUCUGGGAUGCUUCUAAAUACUGACAAUGGCACACCUAUGGCUCAAGUUGGAAGCACUGCGCUUCAAUCACCACCACUAAAGGGACUAAAAAAUGCAUGCCGAGUUUUCCAGGGUGGGAGUGUUGGUCAUCUCCAUAAACUGCUAAAUAUUGAGUCAAGUUCACAGGUUCUUUAUGUUGGAGACCACAUCUAUGGUGACAUAUUGCGUAGUAAAAAGGUCCUUGGGUGGAGAACUAUGCUUGUUGUUCCUGAACUUGAGAGAGAAGUUCAACUUAUAUGGCUGCUUAGGGACUCUCGCAAGCAACUUCAAGGAUUGAGGUGUGAUCGUGAUCAGAUUGAAGACAAACUACAUCAUGCACAGUGGUCUCUCAAAUUUAAGGAUCUCACCGUUGACACAAAGCAAAAGUUAUUGACUGAGAUUGACAGAUUGGAGGAACAAAGGGAGCAGGUUCGACUUGGUCAUCAACAACUCCUCUGUCAAUGUCAUCAAAAGUUUCACAAGGUCUGGGGACAACUCAUGAAGACUGGCUAUCAGAAUUCUCGCUUUGCUCAUCAGGUUGAGAGAUUCGCCUGUCUUUAUUCAAGUCAAGUGACGAACUUGAGUUUGUACUCUCCCGACAAGUACUAUCGACCCAGUGAAGACUAUAUGCCCCAUGAGUUUGGAAUCCUUGAAUUGUCUGGGAAAUCUUCUUUGGAAGUAAACUAGCGAAAUUGAUCAACUGUAUAUAAUCAAUGAGUAGUCUGAUGAGAUAGGCAUGAAAGUGAAGUGAUCAACUGUAUGUCUUCGCUUUCUCCACAGUAGCCAAAUUAUUCAACCCAUAUCUCACGAAGAAAACGUCUCACACAAGAAUUAUGAUUUUGAUAUGUUAAUAAUCAAUACUCAAAAUAUAUCUGUUUUGAAGAAAUAAAAAAUGAGGCAUUACAAGUGUCA